GCCCACAGAUUAAACAGCCCAAAGUGAGCCCGUCAAAGACGAUCAAAACACCCACAAAACGUUUAGAUACUGACAGUAGUGGACCAGACUCUGCUCAAGUGUCACCAAACAUUCCUGAAAAUAAAGACCAGAAGCAAAUGUCACCAAAAACCCCUGUGACCCCAAGCAAGACAGCCAAAUCCCAUUUAGACAAGAUUUCCGAGGGUAGCGAAACACCCACAUCACGUUCAGAGAGAUCUGAUCUUUCAUACCAGGAGCGUAUUCAGAGCAUUAAAGAUAAAUUUAGUGGAGAGAUCUCGUCAGCUGUUGACGAUAAAACUGACGAGAUCGAAGAGGACAUUAUCUCUGCUGCCUCAGAAGCUUCAGAUGACAAGUCUAAGGAAAUUAAAAUCAAUCUCAGUACUAAAGAAGAUAUUUAUGAUGUGUCAGUGUCAUACACUGAUGACUUUGCUACUGAGCCAAACACUAUGACCCAUCAUGAGAAACUGCCACUAAGUGCCAGAUCAGUUAGCCAGAUGUCUGAAGAUAUAGAAACAAAAACAGUACCUCAGUCUGCUAGAUCUAUUACUGAACAAAUAUCAGAACAAAUAUCUGAACAAAUUUCUGAGAAUCUGCCUUCAGAGUCAUUUAUUAAACAACUAGAUUUAAAGACUCAAGGGAAAGAUACUGAUGUAUUUGGUAAGGAGAAGGAUAAUGAUAGUGAAGGGGAUAUUUCUCAGAGGUCAUCAGUUGUCGAGUCAUCGAGACCCUCUAGUGGUAGGAGUGAGCGAUCUUCAGUGAUUUCAUAUCAGACUGAACACGAGUCUUCCGAAUCAGAGAAGUCUCCUGUAAUUCAGACGGAAGACAAAGUGCCAAAAUUUAAUGAUGAAGUUAGUGAACCAUCUUCAAAGAAGAAGCCAGGCUCUGGCCUGAUUUCAAAUGUAUUUGAUAUUGAUGAUUUGCUUGGAACAGAUAAUGAGGAUACUCCUGUAGCAUCCCCUACAGCUACUCCAAGAGAAAUAUCGAAACAUGAGAGUUUAAGUGAAAAAAGUGACUUUUUUACCCCUCUUGCUGAUUUUGAAAUAGGAGAUGGAGUUUAUGUAACUGGGCCUAGUGGAAAGAAAGUGUCAGGAACAUUGCUUUUUAAGGGAAAUGUACAAUUUGCACCUGGUGUUUGGGCAGGUGUGGAAUUGGACCAUCCAGAGGGAAGGCAUAAUGGAAUUGAAGAUGGUGUGAGGUAUUUCACAUGCAGAGAAAAACAUGGUGUUAUUGUUCCAGCUCAUGAUGUGCAAGCAACUCCAGGGGAUGAAGAAGAGAAAGGGCCUUUACUGGAUAAUGUAGAUGUAAGAACCAGUAUAGAAAGUGUACAGAGUGUUAAUACUGAAGAUGGUGACUUACUUAGAUUUAUUGCUGAGGCUGAUGAAAAUGUUCAGAUGUUUGAUGAAUCUCCUCAGGAAUCACCAAGAGAGGCAGACAAGGAACUUAAACCUGAGACAAAAUCCAGGAAGGAAAUUUUAGCAGAUAAAAUUACAAAUGACCUGUUUGAGUCAGUUGUUAGAGAAAAUGUUAACACAAUAAGUAAAAUUGCAGAUAAAAAACAAACAACAAAGAAGAAAGGUCCUCCAGUGGCACCUAAACCGGCAAAGCCUCAUCAUAUUGAAGAAGUACAGACCAAUGGAGACAUUGAUGACCUGGAAGAUUUCCUUCAGCAUUCCAACUCUGAACAAGGUCCAGAUGAAUUUCCUGCAGAGAGAAAUGAGCCAUCAAUUGAUGACCGCACAGACGUUGCUGUCAACAAUAUGAUGAAUGAUGCCAUUGAGCACAUGCUAACCAUUAGAAAAAAUAACCGCCAGUCACAAGAUGUGAACCAAUCUCGAGACAGUGGUAUCUUAGAAGUUGACGAGGAUCAGAAUGAGAGUCCCCCUUCACCUACCGAUGAAAUUCAGGGCGUACUAGACAAAGCAGAUGAUGAUAUGCACCUGGAUGCUCCACUCAGACCAGGCUCACCUGUGCCUGGCCUACAAUCUGAUAAGGAGAGUCAUAAGCCUGUGACAGAUAGUGGUUUGUUUGAGGGAGAUUUUGAAGAAGAGUUUUGGGUGCCAUCAAAUAAAUCAUCAACGAACUUCACCGGUGCUGAAAACGAUCUACGAUCAAAUGUUCCAAGAUCAGACCUGAAGAAGUUUGCAGAGGAGGUGUUUUACGCUGUGCCCCAUGAGGAGAAAGAAAUAGACUCUAUAGUUUCCAGUGCUGUAGAUGAAUUCUGGGAACAAAGACGGUAUGGCGAGCCAUUAACCGAUCUCCACCCUUCAGAAGCAUUUUAUACACAUGAAGAGAUUGGCUCAGAUUUGAUAAGUAACAGUAGACGUGUGUUCAAGAAACUAUUAUUUGAUUUAUCUGGAGAAAUUAUUAGAAACAUUUAUAAAGAGGAAGAAUAUGAUUCUCCUGUUGCUUGGCACAAACCAAAACGAAAAACUAACAAAUUUUAUAAAGGUGCUUCCCCUCCUACUACUAUAGAUGUGCUAAAACCUGUGGUUCAGGAAGCAGUCAUUGACAUAUUAGGUUUAAAUGGGGCCAAAAAGUCGUCGGAAAAGACUAAAUGGGGUAUUCGUAAAAAGAAGGAUCUUGUUGACACAAUUUUGGUGCAAGAAUUGCGUGAAGAAGAGCCUGAGUGGGUUAAUUAUGAUGACGAUGAAUUAGCAGUGAAAAUGCAACUAACUGAAACAAUAUUUAAUGAUUUAUUGACAGAUACUGUUCAGACAAUGAACAAAAUCUUUCGCAAGAAGCAAAGUUUGCAGCAGCAGACAUAGGCAGCUAUUUGAUCUGGAUUAUGUAAAAGAUUUUGUGAUCUGAUUUCAUGCAGAUGCUUUUUUUUCUGAUCUGAGUGAUGCAGAUGCUUAUUCAUCUGCAGUUACAGUUAAAUGAGUGAUCUGAGUAUAUUAGAGCUUGCACAUGAAUUUUAUAUUCUGGGGUUUGAAUUGAGAACAGAGAAUCAUGAAGUAGAGCUAAAAUGGCAUUAUGGUCUAGAGAAUUUGUUUCAUAACCUUUUUGCAUUUGAAAUAUAAGGGAUUUUAUUUAUUUUUUUCUACUCUAUUAAAAUAAUACACUCAUCCUUUAAUUAGAUGAUAUUGCUCAUGUAUCAGUGUUAGUUUAUUUUGACAAUUUAGAUAUAUUUAUUGUUUGAAUAAUGAAAAAAGACUUCAUGAAGGUCUAACAGUACCUGUAACAUGAAGGUCAAAGCCUGAAGUCCAGUCUGUAAAGAAUGGAAGUUAUAUAAACUUUAAGAAAUUGUGAUACCCUUGCAUUUUCAUACUCUUGUUGGUAACUUUUGAAAGUCGUUGAUUUUAUUUAAAAUGAAAGUGCUCAGUUUGAACAUUGAGUAAAGAUUGUAUUUUAUUAACUAGUUGCAGGGAUUUUUUUUCAUAGAUCUGUGAUAUUUGUUUUGUAUUGAUAUACUGUGAAAUUUAGAUUGUUUGUUUAAGCCAUUAACUGUCCAGUCUUGUCUAAAACUAAUGGAUGAUUGGACAUGCUCACUUGUGCACUAAUGCACAGAAGGGCAGCUGAGGGUCUACUUUAAAUUGCCAAGUAUAUACAGUAAACAGAUAAAUUACCAUGAUUAGAAAAGAUAGAAUAAUGAAAUACCUGAGAUACAUUGUUAAAUGUAGCUUACAGUUCACACAUGCACAUUUCAAUAUUUAAUGCUAAAAACAUGAUAAGAGGGUUUUUUUGCAUUUCAAUUUUUUUCUGAUUUUACUGUAUUACUUGUUUUUUGGAAGCAGUUUUGUUUGUUUAGUCAUAUACUCUUAGGUUUGUUAGUGAAAUGCUCUUUUUAUAGUUAUGCCAGCAUGUAUAUUUAUAUAUUUCUUUUUUUUAUUUAUUUUGUAUAUGUAGUUGAAGUAUUGAACGAUUUGUAAAUGUUUAGUGACUGAGAGAACCUCACAAGUGACCUUUUGUCAAUAUAGUCCUAUAAAAAUACCUAAAUUAAAUAGUAAACCUUUCAUAUUUUGAUCUUAGACAAUGGUUUUGUUUUAUUUUUCGGACAAACAAUUAAAGGUGUAACCUCUGUAAUGUGGUCUUCUGUAGACCAAUAAUCUCUUCCUUCAACAUCAUCAAUUCCUAUUAAUGUAAGACUUCACAAUCAGUUCUGUAUGUCAAGAGUGACCUCUUCGUCUUAUAUUUUUAUACGCAUAAAGAAAUUGACAAUAGGCCAUAAUGUCUUAUAUUUAAAAAAAAAAAAGUGUUAUUCCUCCAAUUUUUGAGGAAAAAAACAACAUUUUACUAUUCUUUGAUAACUGAUGCAUGUCAAUGUCAGCAUUACUAUCACAUGAUGAUCUACACAUCUCUAUUACAGACAAAAUGAAGACCUGGAAAUUGUUUCAGUGCCUCUGUGACAAAAGUAAUGUCAUAUGUACCUUUGAUACUAGAAUGUUCUUUCCAUAAUGUAUUUCAUAGGUAAAAUCAGUUGGAACUAUAUUUUUUAAGAAGUAUCUGACGUAAAAGUUAAAUGUUUUUAUUUUUAUACUAUGCAUUUUCUUGAAUAAAUUAAUGCAAUGGUUAAACAUUUAGUUUAUGAUAUAAAAACUUAAAACUUGAACAUAGUGUUUACUAGGGUAAGUGUACUUAUGAAUGAUUGUUUUAUACAUAUAUAUUUGUAGUUGUAAUAGUGUAAGAUAAUGAAGGAGGAAACUAAAUUAUAAUUUAUUAUAUGUAGCAGUUAGACUUGUGCUAAAUGAACAAACAAGCAAACUGAAAGAUUUUUUCUUUUAAAUUAUAAAGAAAAUAAAGAAAAAUAAAUGCUAACAACGA